CUCGAAAUUAUAAAUAACGGAACAGAUUAUGUACAUUUUACAUGUCUAAAUACGCUUUUUAAGAGGGGGUGCAGUGAUAAAGAGUACUGGCAUUACUUGAGCGUUGAGCGUUGUUCCUUCCCAGCAGAAAUGGGCAAGGCCAACCAUUCACCCUCUUUCAAUAAAUUACAAUCUGUAAAUAAGCGCUACAAAAGUGAGAUACCAUUUUAUACCUCAACUCGCUGUUUAGCACCUUGUUCCCGCAGCCAGGUCACCAAAGGCUCAGCUUUGCUUCUCUCGGCCGCAUCCAAUGGCGUCAUGUCUUCCCAGUCAGGAAUGAAAUUGAUCUCGGCGCCACGCCGCAGUAGAAACUUGGCAGUUUCUAGUUGCCCUCCAUGGCAUGCAUUCCAUAGUGCACAGUUUCGAUCAUGGUCAGAUACGCCAGGGUCUUGUGCGAAGAAGCCUUCGACGCGGGCGAGCAACCCGAGCGUUGCGGCAUCAUUAAUGCUCACGAUUGCUCCCCUUUCAACAAGCCGGUGUGCACAUUUCAACUGUAGAAAUGCUCUUGCAUCGGCUAGGGGUGUCUCAGCUAUAACUCCGCCGUCGGCGUUGAUAUCAGCUCCAGCAUCUAACAAAGCGUCGAGUAGAGCUACAUCGUCAUUGCUCGCUGCCCAGUGAAGCGGUGUCUCUGUGUGAUGUCCAAUGAAUCUAGCAUUCACAUCACAACCAACCUCGAUCAAGGCCUGAGCAGUGGCAAUGUUGUUGGGCAAGUUGCCCGGCCAAUCAGCCAAGAUGUGAAGUAGAGUUCUCCCAUCGCCGGCAGACAUGAUGUGAGCCUUGACGAGGUCGGGGCAAUCUGCCAGUGUCUGUCUAAGCGAGUCAACAUUGCCGGAUUUGAUGGCCUCGAUGGCCCGGGAUGCCCGUGGUUCAGUUGCUUCUAUUUGCAUUAUGUUUGUAGAUUGAACGGAAGUUUGUUUGUAGAUUGAAUAAAAAUGUUGCAUGAAGGAGCGUGAAUUCUCAUUUAGACAUAAUAGGCAGCGAUGCAUGUGGUUUAUAGUCGGCUUUCAGCUGCCGCCUGAAGCGGUGAUUGGCUAGCAAUGCCACACGGUCGGCGUGCAUGAAUUUACGGCAUUAAGCUCAUCUCACGGCAUAGCGAUCGCAAUCUGCUUUUUUCGGACAAAAUAAAAGAAAAUAGUAUAAAAAGAAGUCCUCAUGCCUGUGCUCCAGCGGCCUGCGUGGCGUUUAUCAGUUGACCAACGUGGGGUUGCCUGCACUCACUCAGCCAAGCUUACAGCUGUUGGACAACCCCAGUCGCACCCCGCCACCAGCCUCUGCUCGCCAUGCUCCCAACUCAACAACUACAACAGCAUCCUUGGGCGGGGAUCGACGAUAUCGCUGAUCCGUGUUUGGCAGAAACUAGAUUCGACUCUUCUAGGAAUGAUACCGACUCUGCUGAACGCAUGGAUUCCCGAAAGCCAAGCCUCGAUCUGGAGAAAGAGCUGACUUGCUCAAUAUGCACGGAUUUACUAUACCAGCCUCUUACGCUUCUUGACUGCCUGCACACCUUCUGUGGUUCGUGUUUGAAAGAAUGGUUCUCCUUUCAGGCGGCCAAAAUCGAACGAAACUUGAGACCGCCAGCCCCAGGUGAUGUCCUGUUCACGUGCCCAUCAUGCCGUGCAUCCGUUCGAGAUACGCGGCCCAACGCCACAGUUGUCACUCUCCUGGACAUGUUCUUUGCUGUUAAGCCUGAAAAGUCACGAUCAGAAGCUGACAGACAAGAAAUUGCCAAAAAGUACAAGGUCGGAGAAUCAGUCAUGCCCCAUAUCACCACUCGGGAGCAAACCAAGGAAGAAGAAGAGGCUGAAGAAGAAGAUAGGAGAUUAAUCCAAGAAGUGCGCGAAAUGAGUCUCCGUGAAGCUGAGACUGGUGUUUCUGAGUCUGCGUCCGGAAGAAGCCGUUCAAGCGACAACCGGCCAACCUCAAGCAGAAACAGGAGCGCCGAUGACCGUAGCGGGCGACGAGGAGACGCCCCGCCCCGAGGCCCAGGUCAAGCAACUUCAAGGCAAAACUCAGACCACUUACAGGUCGGUGAUAGAAGCCACCGCCGGCAACGGAGUGACUCUCGCCCUCGUCAGGUCGAGCAUCAAUCGUCCAUCAGAUCCUUGAUUGGAUCCGCUGAAUUGUCAGAACGGGACAUUGAACGUGAAAUAGAGGAGUUUGCUCGGCAAAUACAAGAAGAAGGUCUACUAGAUGGCUUAGACUUGGAUAAUAUCGACCUUACACGAGAUGACGAUCUCAGCAGACGAAUUACCGAAGCCUACAGACGUCGGCAGCGCGACCGGAGAAGUAAUGCGCCAAGUCGAAGUCCUGCGGCGCAAGGCCGCCAGCGUGAUGACAGCCAAUCCGAAGGCGCUGACCGAUCGAAUGGCCCGGCUGAAACGUCACAGAAUCAAUCAGCUACAGCCUCAGGCGAUACGAACGACGCACCUUCAUCGUCAUCGACACCCCAAAAUUCUUCCUCUAGUCGUGAUAUACCUAACAUCCCAACCCGAAGUGGAAGACGGCGUACCAACAGUGGUGGCAUAGGUACAACGGCUCCAUUCCCAGGAGUGGUACCACCAUUGCCUGCUGGUCGAUCUCAAACGGAUCUACCAAUCCGAACUCGUCCCUUGGAGCUUGCUGAGCAUCUUCCAGGCAUGUCCGAUGAACGAAGUUCUAGUGUUCCCUCGUCUCCACCAGACAACGCUCCUUCAACAAACAAUAUAUCGUUCGCGAAUAGGUUAGCCCAAUCCAACACAACAGCUCCAUCCGAAACUAGCAGUCAAAGCACAGCUAGACCGCAUAGAGCGAGCGAUCUGGAAGUCGUCCAAUCCACGACGUUGGCCGCAACCGGGGGACCGGUUCGCUCGAUGCGGGAUCGAUCUCCCAGUCAGCUGUUUCCUGAACCCGUUAUAACAUGCUACGCUUGCAAUAAACAGCAAAUACAGUACGACUUGCACUAUAAUUGCCAAGUCUGCGAAAGUGGGCAACUCAACCUGUGCCUGGACUGCUACCGCCGCGGAAAGGGUUGCCAGUUCUGGUUUGGCUUCGGUCAAGGUGCCAGCAGGAAGUGGGAAAAGCUACGCCAGCAAAGAAACGAUGACUCUUUGCCACCUCCUCAUGUGCUCGUUCCCCGCCGCUACCUGCCUCCUGCCAAUCAUCCAAAGGAAUCAAAUGGCAAACCAACGGCUACGAAUGAUGAUCCGAACAAUAGACUUGAAACAGGGACAUUUUGUGCCAAGUGCCUUGCUUGGACUAACGACUGUUAUUGGAGGUGUGAUAUUUGUAAUGAUGGCGAAUGGGGAUUUUGUAACAACUGUGUCAACCAAGGCAACAGCUGCUCACAUAUGCUGCUACCUCUUAUUUACGAGGUUUCGGAGCCAUUUCGACGAUCAUUAGGUCGACCUCCUCAAGCAACAGUCGCUGCCAACUUGGGGCAGCGCACCAGCGCGUUUAAGCCACUUUUAUUCAACUCGACCUGCGACAUAUGCCACAAUGGCAUAGUUUCCUCUGAUGUCAGAUUUCACUGCCACAGCUGUACGAGUAGCCUGGUCGAAGAUGCUAGCCCUGGGGAUUAUGAUAUAUGUUCUCCGUGCUAUGCUAGCCUUGUUGCCCGCGGGCAGAUCAGCCAUGAGAAUGGGUAUUCUGGGUGGAGAAGAUGCCUUCAAGGUCACCGAAUGGUCGUUAUCGGCUUCGUUGAUAGCGACGAUGGCCGUUGGCGAUUUAUUGACCGAGAUCUAGUAGGUGGCCGAGCCAUGAAGAUGGAAGUGUUAGAGUCUUCUGGAGAUCGAUUUCAAAAAUGGACUUGGAAGAAGAACUCGGACCGCCUUGAGAGACUUGUCACCAAGGAUGUGUCGGAUACAGCGCCAAAUACCGUCGCGUCCAAAACUUAUGCGACAGAUUUCCCGCCAGAAGGCGGUGCUGGCUCGCUAGGCCGAACGAAAUGGGCGUGGUAUCCACAAGGCGAUACAGAUGAUGAGCUCCUGUUUCCAAAGGGGGCUGAAAUUAAGGAAAUUGAGGACGUGAAUGGAGACUGGUACUUUGGUACAUAUAUGGGAAGCAAGGGACUUUUCCCAGCGCCCUAUGUUCACGUCGAGAUUAGUUGGAUAUAGAACUGAUCAUCAUAUCUCAGACUGCAUUGUUAUGAGUACAUGGAAGCUCCGCAAGGCAGUAACGUACGAUAUACGGGUUUCACUUUUGGAUAAUAAAAGCACAAUCAUUUGAUUUUUUUUUAAUAAUUUAUUUUCAUUUCAUAAAAUUUAAAGCAAAUGUUAUAAACUUGUUUUCAAUGCUUGGUGGUACAUAGGCGGGUGACAAAUUAAGAGUGAGUCCACUCGGGCUUCUGCUUCUCGGCGAAAGCCUUCAUGCCAACCUUUUGAUCGUUGCUGCCGAAUAAGCUGUGGAAAACACGGCGCUCAUACUCGACACCAUCACGCAGAGGGAGAUCCUGGCUCUUGUUGACAACCUCCUUGCAGGCCAUGACGGCGACACGGGAGUAGCCAGCAAUCUGCUCGGCAAGCUUCACGGUCUCCUCCAUCAAGACUUCGUAGCUAGGAAAUGCGCGAGCAGCAAGACCCCAUUUCUCAGCAUCAGCGCCAGAGAAGGAACGGCCAGACAGGAUCAGCUCCAUAGCCUUGGACUUGCCAAUGGCGCGGGUAAGACGCUGGCUGCCACCAGCACCAGGGAUAGUGCCGAGCUUGAUUUCGGGCUGGCCAAAGUUGGCGUUUUCAGUGCAGUAGAUGAGGUCGCACAUCAUGGCAAGCUCGCAGCCGCCGCCGAGAGCGUGGCCAGAGACGGCAGCAAUGAUGGGCUUCUUGAUCUGGGUGGUCAAGAGGGACCAGGACUCGAUGAAGGACUUGGUGUAUGCCUCGGAGAAGGUAAGGGGGGCCAUCUCCUUGAUAUCGGCACCGGCAGCAAAGGCCUUCUGGGAGCCAGUCAGUAUAAUAACGGAGGUAUCAUCAGAGGAGUUGAAUUCGUUAAGCGCUUCGUUGAGCUCCUUGAUGAGUGGGGUGCAGAGGGCGUUGAGUGCCUUGGGGCGGUUGAGUGUGACUGGUAGCGCUGGUUAGUGGCUUG